AUGAAGUACUUCAGGCCUAUCCUUCGGUGCCAGAUUGAGGGGGCUGCGGAGACGCAGCUCGUAGCAAAUUUGAAGGACGCAAAGGAUGGUACCGCUAUCGUGGCAACUACCAAAUAUGUUUCUGGCUAUAGGGCCAAGGCUAGUCCGAGAUUGGUGGAUCGCUGGCUCGAUGUAACGGUCCAGGUGGCCGGGUCCCCUCCGGUCUUUCUGUUUAUCAUCGCUGGCCUGUUGACGUGGGCCUUGAUGGGUAUUCGUUUCGGCAACUCGGAUGUCUGGAUUGCUGCCAUCUCCGAUGUCCAGGCUAUUCUGUGCUAUGUGUUUGAUUCUUUCCUCAUGCGCCAGCUGCUCCGCGAGUACUCCGAGCAGUGCAAAGCAAUGGUCGAAAUGCAGUCCCGGUGUAAUAGUCAUCAACGCAUGAUCGCCAGCAUUAAGGAAAAUCUGGGACCAGAAGGGAUUCGUCGUGUCGCUGAAAAGUGCAACGAUGAGGCUCUCGAACCGCUAGACCAUGGAUUGCGCACCCAGGGUCUCUUUGCGCGGUGCAUCAUUGUCUCAGCCAAGACGUUCGGACAUAUUAUAAGCGCCAGUCUCUAUUGGGUCUGCAUCUUUAUCUGGUUGGGCUUCGGCCCGCACUGCGGCUGGUCGAACCGGUGGCAACUCUACAUCAACGACGCGACGUCAGCGCUGAUGGUGCUGGUGUUUGCGUUCCUAGCCUGCCUGCGGGAGUGCUAUGCUGAUUACACCAACACCUGCCUGGAUGCCAUCUUCAGACUCGAUUCGACUCUCGAGAAGGAGCUUCGUCGCCUCAGCCAAGAUGGUCUUCCCAACCAGACUGAGGUAAUCUUGCCCCCUAAGGAGAAUUUCCUGCAGAUAGUGAUCUUUUACUACGCCGACAUAAUCGGCACCCUUGUCGGCAUCAUGUUCCUCGUGUUGGUGAUCAUCACCUGGGCAGCUGUUGGACCCGUUUUUCAUUUCAACAAUAACUGGUGGCUGCUCAUCGGCACAUAUGCAGGGCUGGUUGGUCUGUUCGACAGUUUCGUCCUCCGCAAUAUUCAAGGCAAGGUACACCAGUACAUCAAUGGUCAGAUUCGUAUCGUGGAGAAGGGAGACGUGGAGCUCUUCGCUGGUCUGUCCAUGCCCAUCCCUUCAGCUGGAAACGACAAUCACCCGUCUCUGAGCCAGCGCGUUUCUCGCAAGAUGGACGCUGUCAGCUCCCAUCUCUUCUUGGUUAUCACUGGCUUUCUCCUCACUAUUGGCUGCCUUGUCGCUUCAAGCGCCAUGAAGUGGAGCCUCACCGGACAGUUGAUUUCGAACGUACCUCCCAGCAUCAUCGAGACAUUUUUCAUGCUCAUUCUCAUCACUGGUCAGAAUGACGCAGAGGCAAGCGCCCGGGUCGACUUGACCAACAUCUACUACCGACGUCAGCGGCUUCUGUCUUUCAUGCAGCAUACAAGGGGGUUCUGCGAAGAGCAGGAGCUCUCUGAGGAUGCUGCAGUGCCUGCACAGUAA